CCUUUUAAUCUGCGGCUCUAACCGGAAGCGCUUAGUUGGUGUGCGAGUUGAACGUUACCUGAAUAAGAAAGAUGGCGCACAGGCUGCUGCUACGCAGAGUUUGGACACACUCUGUGAAAGAUUUCUGCUGUCUCCCAUCAUGCACUGCUGCCACGACCACCUCCUCUUAUUCUACGUCUCAUCAUUCUGUCCGAAGUCAGGCCUCCUUCCUCACCGCAUCACGAACUCUGCCCCUUUAUCACAUCCCACGCCGGGAAGUCUCCUUUAACGUUCAGGACAACGACGACUUCACAGAGAGGGUCAUAAACAGCGAGCUGCCCGUGUUGGUCGACUUCCACGCACAGUGGUGUGGUCCCUGUAAGAUCCUCGGGCCGAGGUUAGAGAAAGCCGUGGCGAAACAGAAGGGCCGCGUUGCCAUGGCAAAAGUCGACAUUGAUGACCACACGGACUUGGCCAUCGAGUACGGGGUGUCUGCUGUCCCAACGGUCAUUGCCAUGCGGGGUGGUGAUGUCAUCGAUCGGUUCGUGGGGAUCAAAGAUGACAUUCAGCUGGACUCGUUUGUCAGCAAAGUCAUUGGACAGUAAAGCACCUGUCCCCGCCCAGCUUUACACAACCAUACGGUCCCGUUGUCUGGGGUUUUGGAGCACUGUGCCACAGUCCCAG